GGGCCGAGCGGCGCGAUGGAGGAGGAGGAGGAGGAUGGAGGCGGUGGAGGGGAGGCGGGGAGUGAGGCUGCGGCAGGAGGGGGCGGGCGGGGGGGCCGGCCGGGGGGGGCGGCGGGCAUCUGGGACCGGCUGCGGGGCAGUCGGGCUGCGGGCGGCGGCCGGAGCGCGGCCGCGAUGGAGCAGCGCGACGAGAAGGGGACGGUAGCGGCGGCGGGCGAGGGCGAGCCCCCGGCCGGGGCAGGAACCGGGGCAAGCACCGGGACCGGGGCAGAGACCGGGACCGAGCAGGAGCCUAGCGGGGCCGCCGCGCCCUUCCAGCCCCCCGAGGGUGGCUUCGGUUGGGUGGUGGUCUUCGCCGCCGCCUGGUGCAACGGCUCCAUCUUCGGCAUCCACAACUCCUUCGGGAUCCUCUACAUGAUGCUGCAGAGCGACCUGGGCGAGGGCAAUGAGGACCCCGCGCUGGAGUUCAAAACAGCAUGGGUCGGCUCCUUGGCCAUGGGCAUGAUUUUUUUCUGCUCUCCCAUUGUCAGCAUCUUCACCGACCGGAUCGGCUGCAGGACCACGGCAGCAACGGGAGCUGCCAUCGCCUUCAUCGGGCUGCUCUCCAGCUCCUUCACCAAGUCUCUGGAAGUUCGUUAUUUCACAUAUGGAAUCCUCUUUGGCUGUGGCAGCUCCUUCGCCUUCCAGCCCUCGCUGGUCAUCCUUGGUCACUACUUCAAGCGCCGCCUUGGCUUGGCCAACGGCAUCGUGGCCGGCGGCAGCUGCCUCAUCUCCGUGCCACUUCCCUUCUUCCUGAAGGUUGUUGGGGAAGCCGUUGGGCUGGCACAUACUUUCCAAAUACUCAGUGCCUUAAUGCUCAUCCAGAUAUUCUUGUCCAUGACCUAUCGGCCCAUCUUGCUGCCUUCUUGUGACUCUCGGCAGGAUGGGCAGGACAAGCUGGGCAGCCGGAGCAUGCGGCAGCAAUGCUGGUCCCAGACACGCAAGUAUUUCAACUUGAGGAUUUUCCGGAGGAAGACCUAUCGGAUUUGGGCCUUUGGCAUCGCUACUGCUGUCCUGGGAUAUCUCGUACCCUACACAAACCUGGUAAAAUACGUGGAGAAGCGAUUUCAAGAAACCAAGAAGGACUGGAUCCUCCCUGUUUGCCUUGGAGCCAUGUCAGGGGUGGGGCGCUUGACUGCAGGCCGUAUCGGUGACUGCAUUCCUGGGCUGAAGAAGAUUUACCUGCAGGUUGCAUCCUUUGUGCUGUUGGGCAUCCUCUGCAUGAUGAUUCCCCAGUGCCAAGGGUUUGAGGGUGUCAUUGUCAUCUGCCUCUUCCUCGGCCUUUGCGAUGGCUUCUUCACCACCAUCAUGGCCCCCAUUGCCUUCGAGCUGGUGGGGCCCAUGCAGGCAUCCCAGGGCAUAGGGUACCUCAUGGGGCUGAUGGCUGUACCCAUGACCGCGGGUACGCCGAUAGCAGGAUACCUCAAUGAUUACUUUGGGAAUUACGACGCAGCCUUUUAUUUUGCCGGAGUCCCCCCCAUCAUCGGCGGCUUGGUGCUCUCUGUUGUCCCACUGGUCCAUCAGAGGAUGCUCAAGAAGCAGCGCCUGGAUUCUGGCAAAGACAAGAUGCUGUCCUCGGAGGCGGUGGUGAACGGGGAGCUGCUGCCAGGCUGUCCAGCCUCUGAAGCACACAUAUAACACCCCGCUCACUGACACUCACUGUCACCACCAGCAGCCUGUCCAUAGCCCAAGCACAGGUCCUUUCCUCAACGGACCGUAAUUCCCAGUGAUUGCAGAUGCACUAUGUUUGUAAAAGAAAAACCCACACAAAGUUCUUCUAGUUAAAGGCUUUUAACUAGCAGAAAUGCUCUUUUUGGGGGACAAUUUUGGUUUCAAAGCCUGUUUUUGGGUUGUUUUUUUUUUCCCUUUAACCAUUUUUCUAAGGAGAACUUUCUCACCAGGAACCAAACUUGAUUGAUCUCCCGCUCCUCUCCCUGGUUUUCUAUACGUCACAACAGAGGUUUACAGCUAACAAAUGCCUUUUCAAAGCAGGCUGCAGAUGGAGCUUGUGGAAGCAGCUGCCCAUCCUUUGCCACCGGUGCCACUUGGGUGUCAUGUCCAAGCCGUACAGCCCCCUUCCGUCCAGCACCAGAGGCUGGUUUGGAGCCAGCGGAUCGGAAGAAGGAAAAAGGCUGCUUUGGUCCAAUGCACAAACCAAAUAAAUGGUCGGCGUGUCCUGCUUUAACCUUCUUGUUUCCUUUUCCGCUGCUUUCCCACACACCAGGGAGCUGCAGCUGGGACCAUGGGGAGCUCAGCCAGCUCCAGUCUUUCCACCCUCAUCCACCAGAGCCACGCAGGAGCAACAUGUUCCUGCAAAAUAUGCCUUAAAAAUACAUGGACGAGACCAGCAGGUCCCUUAGCCACUUUCCACCUCUGUUUUCUUACUCAGUGACUAAUGAUUGGACUUUCAAGGUGUGAAAGAGAGGAGCAGCUCCCAGCACAGCCCACAGGAUCUGGCUCCACAAGGUGAAAGCCAUGGGCAAGCAGCUGAGAUGGACACAUUGGAGAUAUCAAGGCACACAGGGUUUGGUAUGGAUCCCCAUGUGUUAUGGGUUCACUUCAUGCCAGGAGGCAGCUUCCCUGCCAGGCACAGGGCACCCAUGGGUGCGUGGAUGCAGUUAGAUCAGGGUACAGGGUGUCACUGCUCUUUUUUAAGGCCAGUUGUGUAUUAUGCAGCAAUAACCAUAUGUUAGUAUUGGCAGGGGAAGCCCAGUGUUUCCAAAGGGUUUAAAAGCCCUGGCAGUGUUUAACUCAGAGCCUGUGUGGUGUUGUGCAGAGCGGGGUCAAUCCUGUCCCCAGGGGGAGAGGGAGAGAGCUCAAGAAAGCAGCCCAUGGGUACCCACCACACAGAACGAAGGCAGAGCUCAGCCUUGUGUAGUCCUCCUGCCUCGGUGGGUCCCCAUGUCCGGGGUGCUGGCCAGGACCAGGGUACCUUUUCCUGGGAAUAAUAACCCAGGAGAGAGCAAGAAACAACGCUCAUGUUUAUCCUGGUUGCAAAACCAUCCUUUGUUGGAUUUUCGUUUUGUUCAUCUCCAUUACAAAGUGAGAAACCUAAAGAGGGAUGUGUGCCAUGGGUAUCAUCUCUCAGUCCCCCCAUCCUUCAUGUAGGGGUUUGUAACACCAAGACAAAGCUUUGCUGUUGAAACUUAGUUUCGUUGGAGGCCAUCCUGUGAGCAGCGGUGGGACCUUUGUAUAUAGGCUCAGGAUCCCGCAUGUCCCUCUGGUCCUGGUUUUAACCCAUGUUGGCUAGUGCAUUAGAAGGUCUUGUGGUUUUGUGGCCCUUCUGUCCCCGUAUGAGCUGGAAAAUUAACUGGUGUGUUGUGACGUGUCUGUUUAUGACUAUAAAACAAGAUGUCCAUUUGCCUCUUUCUUCU